GUUUCCUAGGUGCUGAUAGACUCUAGAGCAGCGUACUCGUACAUCCGGUCCGAGCGACCCAAUCACCCUUUCGUCACCUCCCCUCACCUCCAACGACAUGCAAUGACCAUCCCGACCAACAUCCUGCUGCAACGCCAACUCCGGCUUCUCCGCUCCUCGGUGCUCGUGGUGCUCUGGACCCACCUGGUCUGGUCGAAAUGCUUCUCGAUCGGCGCAACCAUAGGCCCGUCCAUGCUGCCCACCAUCAAUGUCUCCGGCGACUGGGUGCUCAUCUCGAAGUUCCACACGCGUGGCCGCGAGGUGCGCGUCGGUGACGUCGUCUCGUUUAAGCACCCGCACGAUGGUGGCGAUGUCAGGGUCGUCAAACGCGUGAUCGGGCUGCCGGGGGAUUUCGUGGUGAAGGAUCCGAGCGAUGGCUCAGGGGACAUGUUGCAGGUGCCGAAGGGUCACAUGUGGGUUACUGGCGAUAAUAUGCCGCAUUCGGUGGACUCGAGGUUUUACGGACCAAUUCCAUUGGCGAUGGUGAGUGGCAAGAUCAUUGCCCGCGCAAGGCAUCUAUGGAAAUGGUCGUGGAUGAGGAAUCCUCUGGAUGAGGAGAUGAUGCAGGUCGAUUGAGCGAUCGAACUACAUGGACUGAAUCCUAUCUACAUACAACCAUGUCUCUACACUAUUCCUUCUCUGUAGAUUCUAAAAUACAUGGGACGCCUUCCAACC